AUGGCAAGAGGAAAAAAGCCUAAAGAAGGGGGUGACUCGGCUGCAGGACCAGAAGCAGCCGGGGUCCCACUUCGCGGCGAGCUUCUUCAUAAGGCUCUUGGGGAUGUCGCACGCACGGCUGACGGGAGUGGUUACGCCUUCACUCGACUGACAUGCUGUGGGAAGGGCGUGACUAAUUUGCCAACUGCUCUACAAGUCUACGUUCACCUCCGAUACAUAGAUAUAUCGAAUAACAAAAUCAGGGAUCUCGCUGCAUUCUCUAGGCUGCCAUACCUUCUGACUCUAAACGCAUCAGGCAACAAUAUAGAAGACGUUACGUGUCUGGCGUCUCCAGAGGCACUCCCAUACCUGUUUCUGCUGAACCUGAGUAGUAACAAGAUCUCGAGGGCUCCCCAAUUGGCACUUCAGAGACUGACACGUCUGGCGCUUGAUGCGAAUCCGAUAAACACGUUAGAAGGGUUUGUACAGCCACCUCUUCUCACACAUUUGAGCCUCCGAGGAACUCCCCUAGAAACCCUAGAUUCGCUCCCUCCCUCAGACACCAUAACAUCCCUUUACUUAUCACAUACUCCAAUGCAGCAGCUGCGUCAGUUACAGAGACUACCGCAAAUCAAAACUUUAGACCUUGAGGGUGUUCCGCUCCCUCCUGACCAGCUCCACAUUCUCAUUCUUCUCCCCAAGCUGAGGGAAUUAUCCCUCUCUUCUCCAGACCAAGAUUUGGACGACGAGCACUUCAGGGCUGAGGUUCUCAGGGUCCUUCCUCGUCUCCACUGGAUUAACGGCCGGGCUGUAACAUCAGCUGAGCUGAAAGCAGCAAGAGCUCUGCGCGAAGCAAGCUUACAGCAGGAAAAAGAAUUAGGCCAACAGCCCCAAGAGCACCAGCGAGACGAGGUGGAGACCGUGGAGUCCUAA